UCUCACACAGUUAGUGAUUUCAUUAGAUUUCAGUGUUUAACAAAACAGAGUAAAAAUGUCUGUUUGUAAACUUCCUUUCACAGCAAACAAGAGCGUGAAGAACAGGGCAUUAAUUGUGUCUGUGCAACACUUCUAUCCAGGUGUGGCUCUGAUGAAGCGGCCGGGCGUAAAGAGAGACACUCAGAGACUUCACAAAAUUCUCACCAAUCUCGGCUUCUCGGUGGUCAUCAAACAAGACAUAGAGGCCGAAGAGAUCUAUGAAGCGUUCAAAGCAGAGAGCAAGAAGAUGGUCAAAGACUGUUUUGUGGGUGUCAUAUCCAGCCAUGGUGAGGAGGGUGUUGUGUUUGGUGCCGAUGGAUGCCCUGUGAAACUGGCAAAGAUCUACAACUUCUUUGGAGGCCCAUCAAUGGUGGCAAAGAACAAACUCUUCCUUAUACAGGCUUGUCGAGGAAAUGAGUUGGAUGGAGGUGUGGAGACAGACUCUUCAUUCUCAGAGGAAGAGGAGAUCACGUCUGAGCUUUUUUCAAUUCCCAUUGACACUGCAGUCAUGUAUGCCACAGCCAUAGGUUACGGUGCAUUCAUGCAUCCUUUGGGCUCAGUGCUCAUUCAGACUCUCUGUGAUUUGCUGGAAGAGGAAGGAGGUCCAAAUCUAGAGCUCACACGACUCAUGACUCGCCUGAAAUACCAGGUGGCCUACAACUUCCAAUCAAGAGGGAAACUGUUUGGCGGCAAAAAGCAGAUGCCAUGCUUUGUGACCCGCUUUACCAGAGAAGUGUUUCCAUUCGUGGACAGCAGAACAGCCGCAGCAAAAGACUUGAGCUUGAACUUUGUAGCCACACGGCUUAUUGAUGAACCCAAAAGAUCACGGAAGAGCUCCAUCAGCUGAAGAUUGUGAAGAAUCUGAUGCAGGAACUGCUUUAUCAUAGAGAGCCAUCUCUGUGACAUGUCUCAUAUUAUCUCAUUUGAGACUGAUAAUAAAAUGCAUAAAGUGAUGUAAAAGUUAUGUAUGCAGCACAAAGUGGGUGGUUGGGAAAGGACUAGGAUUUUUUUGUUGUGUUUGUUACUUACUUUUAUUCAUUGUGCUAAAGUUUUUCAGUGUAUUUUAUGUCAAAUAAGUUAAAACCUAAAUUAUAAGA